AUGACCACAAGGAUUUCACGAAGAGCAUGGCUGCGCAAGCUGGAAGUGCAGCAUGAGGAGGGUUUGACGUAUAAGGAGUCGUUCUUGCAGAACGAUGAUCUCUAUCCUGUACCAAAAGACAAGCAGAUGUGGGGCACUUGGAACUUUGUUGCCUUCUGGAUCGCUGAUAGUUUCAAUAUCAACACUUGGGACAUCGCAUCUUCUAUGAUAGAGCUGGGCCUGUCUUGGUGGCAAGCCUGGAUCUGCGUCUGGAUAGGCUAUGGAGUCGUCGCUCCGUUCAUUGUCCUAAAUGCGCGGCCAGGCGCCAAGUUCCACAUCACAUUCCCCGUUGUGGCUCGUGCCAGCUUUGGACUGUGGGGAAGCCUGUGGUGUGUUUUCAACAGGGCGGCUAUGGCAUGCGUGUGGUAUGGUGUACAAGCCAGCAUUGGAGGCACCUGCGUGUUAGUCAUGUUGCGGGCCAUGUGGCCAAAUGUUAACAAUAUUCCGAACUCCAUGCCCGCAUCCUCUGGCACCAACACUAGGGACUUCAUGUGUUUCUUCCUUUUCUGGCUCAUUUCAUUGCCAGCUAUAUGGUUUCCAAUCCACAAAAUUCGGCACUUGUUUACGGUAAAGGCCAUCGUAGCCCCAACUGCUGGCAUUACGUUCUUCAUUUGGUGCAUUGUGAAAGCGCACGGCGUAGGACCCAUCGUCCAUCAGCCUGCUACAAUCCAUGGCUCAGCCUUAGGAUGGGCCAUGGUGAAGAGCCUCAUGUCGUGCAUCAGCAACAUGGCUACCCUCGUUACCAAUGCACCGGACUUUGCAUCACGGUCGAGGAAGCCAUCAGACGCCCUGCUUCCGCAGCUCUUCUCAGUUCCGAUUACGUUUUCCAUCGUCAGCUUCCUUGGAAUAAUUGUUAGCUCCUCGUCAGAGAAGUUGUUCGGCGAGACGAUAUGGUCCCCGAUUACCCUCUUGGGGAGGUUUUUAGACAAUGAUCCAUCACAUGCCACGAGGUUUGGGGUCUGGUUCAUCGCUGCUGCGUUCAUUAUUGCUCAGCUUGGUACCAAUAUCUCAGCAAACUCGAUCAGCGCUGGAUGUGACCUCACAGCAUUGUUUCCUCGUUUCAUCAACAUCCGACGGGGCGGCUAUAUCGCGGCUAUUGUGGGACUAUGCAUGUGCCCAUGGAAUCUUCUCAAGGAUAGCAAUCAGUUCACAACCUAUCUCUCGGCAUAUUCGGUCUUUCUGAGCUCGAUUGCGGGCGUCAUGAUCAUGGACUACUAUGUCAUUCGCAAGGGCCACUAUCGCGUCCGCGACUUGUACCAUGUCGAGAAGGACGGCUGGUACUUCUAUACAUUCGGAUUCAACUUCAGAGCUUACGCGGCAUACGUCGCAGGAAUAUUGAUCAAUGUCGUCGGCUUCGCUGGUGCCACUGGACGCUAUGUUCCACUGCCGGCCACACAGAUCUAUGACAUGUCCUUCUUUACCGGCCUUGGCGUCUCAGCGGUAGUCUACUGGUCGCUCAACCUAGUCUUCCCUGCACGUGGCUCAAACAAACACUUCAAGGAAGUGGAUAUAUCCGCCGAGACCGCUGUAGAUGACAACCUGGAGGUUGAGGACGGGUACGAGAGGAAAGAUGAGAAAGGCGAUGUCAUUACGAGCGUGAAGUCGGUGUCUGUGUGA